UAAUAUGUGUAUUAUGUUUUUGAAGACCUGCAGCGGUCCGGUGCCCGUCUUGUAUGAACAUUCUAAAAUUGUGUGAUUUGUGAAAUGUGAAUUCAUCCCUCGGAGUCUCGUGUAUACCAGCUGGAACGGCGUUGAGAAUAAGUCAUAAUGUUUUUGACAAAUGUGUUACUGAAAAAAGUAAAAUCCAAGCACACUAUGGUGCUAAUGGAAAGCAUGGUAAGCGGUCACAAGUACAAUGUAUUCAGAGAACGUUUAGCGGACAAACUAGAACUUGUGCAUUUCGACCCUUGGAUAGGCCAAAUGUCCGUCUACAAGGAAAGGAAAAAGAUAAGAAGUGCAAACGUUAAGAGGUUCACAGAGCCUACGUAACAGUCAAGCGAUUUCUUGUAUUAAUAAUUUUAUAAAGUGUAGAAUAUUUGUAAGAGUUUAUAUUUAUCAAACUAUAAAAUAUAUAACUUUAAUGUUACUAUAA